UUAUGUUGCUUUGUUUUAGCUCCCUUCUCUGGGCGGCUGCCAGUGGGGCAGUAUGUAGUCAGUCUGCAAUAGCCAGCAGAAGUCAGCGGACAACGGACUGGCGCGAUCUGUCCAACUGUCUGUCGGAUAUUUUGUUUAGCGAUACGAAAAACAAAUAAUAUAUUCGUGUUCAAUUUUGUUAUCGCUCGAAUAAGAAAUAUUUCGAAAUAGUUUUAACGGCGUGUACGCGAUAGCUAAAUAAAUAAUAAAUUCGAAAUUCUUCUAUAAAUUGCCCUUACCUAUAAUACAUCCUACAUACAUCUUUAUCUAUCUGUACACUAACUCAUCCGAAUCCGGAUCUGCAGUUGCAUUCGACCAGGUUGCAGUUUUAAUGGAACGUGCCUUGUCCCAUGUGCGUGUGGAUUAUCCGUUCAAAUUGUCCAGGGACCUACCAUAAAGUGUGAGGCGGGCAAACGCCAAGAGUGGCAAAAUGAAACGCGAAGUGUCCACCUCAACAAUCGGCCGGGAUGAGGCUCGGCGGCCACUUAUGGAGGCAUAUAUGUUUCAGCGACGCGUCCUCCUCGGUUGUAGUCUGCUUAUGGUUGUCUCUUUAAUGAUUUGGAUAACGGCGAUAGCAACUGAUCAUUGGAUUAUCAUAUCGGGUGGAUCAGGCAUCUUUAUACCCGAAUCGAGACGCUUUUUCAUGUCCUCCCAUUCGGGUCUGUGGCGGCAUUGUCGGAACACCAUUGUUCCCAAUGCCUUGAGUAAUGCUCAGGUUGUGCGGAAUUUUAGCUCCAUGUCGUAUACCUCACAGACCAAUAUCAACGAUGCCAGACGCAAUCUCUCACAUAUGGAAUUUAUACGACAAUUUGCUUUGGAGAGCCUCGAGGAAUCUAAUGAGUUUACGGAAUCCGCGCGUCGGCGAAUGUUUGCACACUGGGCCCGCGGGGAAGAGGACGACUUUCAGAUGUUUCGGAGUGCCUUUCAUAAGCUCAUAAUGUCCACGGAAGCCGGUCAAAGGGAUUACAAUGCCACAGCCAAUAAACCAAUUUCAAUCGAUCCCCUGGAUGUGAGUGGUAUCAUCAAGAGAAAGACCUUCGGUGCAGCGCUGCAAAGGGUGAAAUACAACAACACCUGGUCAUAUUAUGUCAUCCCAGAGAUAGCGCAGCAGGCCAUCUUUUCCAAUUGGACAGAUUAUCCUCUAGUCGUCCGCCUUCUGGGUACAUAUAUCCGGGACAUUGGCAUUCCCGCAUUCGUGCUUAACGACGAGCGAGUAAUCUUGAUUUUAACGCCACCGUUACCACCAAGCAGAGGCGGCCAGACAGCCUUUUAUAGUUAUAUUCCCAAUCAGCGAUGCAAAUAUAUUGACAUGUUUCCCAACUCCAAUACGCUACGGAAUGAGCCCGGAUUCGACGAUGAGCUAAUGGUGACUUGGUAUACCCUUUCAGAUUACAUCCGCACGCAGGCAUCCUUUGCCUGCAUCACGCUAUUUGUCAUGAGUCUGGGAGCCGUUUUCUCCUUCUACACGUUCUUUAAUCCGCGGUACAUGUUCAAGCGAUUGGCUGGUGGGAUCCACCUGGUGGCUGCAUCCACGGCAUUGGUCGUGCUUCAGGUGUUAUUUUCAUCUAUUGACUACACCAAAGAUAACUUAUUCUACGCCUAUCCGGAUGGAGCACAAUUGACUUAUGGAUAUGGUGUUUACUUGGCAUGGUUCACAUUUACAGUUAAUAUUUUGUGCGGAGUACUGUUCCUCUGGUAUUCUGGCAAGAAGAAGGGCGCCAAGGCGCCGACUGAUGAAAUCGCCAUGGCCGAUGAGCCCACUAUUAUGGGCAGAUGAUGCGAAAAGACCAAAGCAAUGAGCCGACUCUAUUUGGCUUGAUACUUUCACUUCAAAAAUUUGUUAUUUGUUACUUAUUUUAUUAACUAUUUAAUAUCUUUAAGCAGCCUUGUGUGAUACCGCGGGGUUGAAAUUUAAAUAAAACGGCAUUUUCGUCGCUGAAAUUUGAA